GCACGAUUCUACAAAAUAGCAUUCUGUGAGAAGAUUGAAAAUAUUUUAUCUGGAAAAUACAAUUUAUCCUGUCGGGGCGAGCUCAAUUUUUCUGAAUACCAUACAGGUGUCGUUGGUGUGGUUUGCAAUGACUGGAUAUACCUUCGUUGACCCUGCCUUCGAUUGUCUUAAUUGUGAUACAUUCCAGAAGGUAGGAUGACGUAGUCGUAUGACAAUGAAGGUUGUGUGUGUCAGCAAUGGCAAUGGUGUCAGUGGGGAGGGCAGCUCCAAGCCUGACACAAAAACUCUCAGUGUCACAAAUGCUGAUUAUAUUCAAGCAAGGAAAAUUGCACAGGCAGAAAUUCAAAAAGCCUGCAACAGUUACAAUGCCAGUCUGGAGACUGUUCCAUUCCAGAAACUGGACUUUGGGGAGACGGCAGUGCUGGACAUCUUCUACAACGCUGAUGUGGUGGUGGUAGACAUGAGCAUCCCCGUGCAGCAGGCACCUCUGUACUACCACAUCGGCAUCAGACAGAGCAUGAGCAUGAAGAACAACAUUGCCAUCUGUUUUGACACUGACCCCGAGCUCACUGUGUCACUUCGGCUGUCGUGUGGGUCGGGGAUCCUCUUCUUCCCCUACCAGGUGGACAGCUGCGGGGUCUGCUUCAUCAGUGACGCCUCCCAGCCCCGCCUCACUGGGGGCAGCUGUGUCCACCCCGAUGUCCCCACCCUUGGGCGCAGACUGAAGGCUGCCUUCAGUGACGUGGACCAGGACAACAAAGUACAUGCUAAGGAGAGGUUUCUCAAUGACCUCAGAAAGGCAAGAGCGAAUUUCAAAGGAGAGGAGCUGGCAAAGGCUCUGACCGCCAUGCGCCGGAGACUGGAUGACCCGCAGCUCAUGUCAGUGGAUGUAGUUCUCAACAUGCUCAUCUCCUACAGAGAGAAACAGGACUACCAUGCAAUGGUAGAACUGGUUGAGGAUCUUGGUCGGAUCCCAAGCACAAAGGUGGUCAACACCAUUGCAAUCAAAAACCUGUAUGCCUUCGCACUGAACAGACGGAACAGGAAUGGUGACCGAGACAAGGCAUUGGACGUAAUGGAGAAGGCCAUGGCUGAGUCGGAGAACCAGGUGCCGGACAUGAUUUGUUUGUGUGGCCGCAUCUACAAGGACAAGUUCAUAGAGUCGGACUAUUCUGACCUGUCUGCUCUCGCACAUGCCGUUGAGUGGUAUCGCAAGGGCUUCGAGGUGCAGCCUAAUGAAUAUGCUGGCAUCAACCUUGCCACUCUCCUUGUCAUCUCAGGCAAUGACUUCGCUUCCUGUCAGGAAUUACAGAGAAUCGGUAUUAUUUUAAACAACCUGAUUGGCAAGAAGGGAAGUCUGCAGUCCCUCACAGACUACUGGGAUGUGGCAACCUUCUUUGAGAUCAGCGUAUUAGCUGAGGAUUAUGGGAAGGCGGUGCAGGCUGCAGAGUGCAUGUUCCGACUGGAACCCCCUGACUGGUAUCUAAAGUCUACAGUUGGGAAUAUCGCAUUGAUCAAUCGCUUCAGAAGGACAGAGAAAGGAGGUGGCAGUGAGGACGAGAAGCAGAAAUUUAUUUUCUGGAUGGACUUUUUCGUGGAGGCAACAACAACAAAGGAAAAUCUGACCGGUUCCAGAUAUCCUGUUCUCAUCCUGGAGCCGAACAAGGAGCUCAUCCCAAGCUACAUCCAGGUAGACUCGGAGGCUGACGACAAGCGUGUGUUGUUGUGGUUUGUCACCCCCAAUAAGCGGGACCAACGCCUGAGUGAGUGGUCUUUCCCCCUGGAGACCAUUAAAAGAGUCAGUCUGUACAAGCGAGACAGUCGGGCUUUGUUUCUCUAUGUGCAAGAAAAUGCUGAUGACGACUUCCACAUCUAUUUCUCAUCAGAAGUACAGAAAACCAGGUUCUACGAUGUGAUGUGUAAUUUGGCAGUCAACCCAGAAUGCUGCACGAGAGAUGCAGAUGAGUUUGAGGAGGUUGUUGAUUAUGAGUAUGACAAGGAUGAGAAGGAUAACCGUGUGAUGCUUGGUCGUGGGACAUAUGGAUCUGUGUAUGCAGCCCGUGACAAGAAGACACAGAUCAAGAUAGCUAUUAAGGAAGUGCCUGAGAAAUACAAACAAGAAGUGCAGCCUCUUCAUGAAGAGAUCCGACUGCACAGUCGACUGAGUCACAAGAACAUCGUCAAGUAUCUGGGCUCUGUCAGUGAAGAUGGCUUCUUCAAGAUCUUCAUGGAGCAGGUUCCAGGAGGGAGCCUGUCGCAGUUGCUGCGUUCCAAGUGGGGGCCCCUGAAAGACAACGAGACAACCAUUGCCUUCUACACCAAGCAGAUUCUGGAGGGACUGCGCUACCUGCAUGACAACAAGAUUGUACACCGGGACAUCAAGGGGGACAACGUGCUGGUCAACACAUACAGUGGCGUACUGAAGAUCUCCGACUUCGGCACAUCCAAGCGACUGUCUGGAAUUAACCCUUGUGCUGAUACCUUUGCUGGAACUAUCCAGUACAUGGCUCCUGAAGUGAUAGACAAGGGUUCCCGUGGCUACGGCCCUCCUGCUGAUAUUUGGUCCCUGGGAUGCACAGUCAUAGAGAUGGCCACAGGGAAACCUCCAUUUGUUGAGCUGGGUUCCCCAGAGGCUGCUAUGUUUAAAGUAGGCUUCUACAAGAUGCAUCCUGACAUCCCAGAGUCUAUGUCCAACAAGGCAAAAGAAUUUCUUCUCAGGUGUUUUGAGCCAAUGUCAGAUGACCGAGCUACUGGACCGUCUCUACUGGAACACCCCUUCAUCCUGGACAAUCUGGGCUCAAAGAGAAAGAAAAGGAAGAAACAGCCAUUAUCUCCUGAGCACAAUGUUGUCCGCAGCACUUCUGAGCCAUGUGACAAGCAGGUAGAAGAAAUUAAGGAACUCAAGCUACGGAUCCCUCGGGUCUCCAAAUUACGUCGCGAGGGCUGCAGCAGCAUGGAGAACCUGACUGAGCUGGAAACUGUGGAAGAAGAAGGGCUCCACAGUACUGCCAGUUACUCAGAUUUUCUUGACAUUCAGUCAUGCAUGAGGGGGGAUGCUGGUCGUAAACGAUGUUUCUCUGAGCGGCUGCGACGCUCCGCCAGGUCACUGUCCCCGUCCCCCACACGUAGCCGUUCUCCCAGUACGGACUCCAUCUUGUCCCCGACCAGCACAGUGAUGCUAUCACCGGACAUCGACGUGGACCACAGCUCACAUGACAGUUCAACCUCCAGGGAAGGGGGCUUCUUCUUGCUGAGGAAGGACUCGGAGAGGCGCUCCACACUUGUACAGAUACUCAUUCAAGACACCGAGGAGAUCUGUAACCAGUGGCUGUUGCUCCUUCACAGGGAUGCCACCAUGUCAAAUCCGAAACUUGCCACUGAUCAUCUCAAGUGCCUGUUGAAUGGUAUUCGAGGACAUAUAUUGGACCCUAAUGUGCGAGCUAUCAAUACAGCCCUAGAUGAGCUGAGAGAUAGCCUGACAUUUGACCAGACAGCACUGAUGGAAAUCCAACUAGCUCUCUAUGUCUUGCAUGAAGCAGUGAGCACAUGUCUGAAGACGCACAAGAUUCAGCCCCACUGGAUGUUUGCCCUGGAUGGCUUGGUACGAGGAGCUGUGCAGACCACCCUGGUUAUACUGGCUCCAGAGUUUGAUGGUCAAGUGUCAGGAGACCAGAUGGAGGAUGAGGUAGUCACCUCCGGGGUAUCAUCUGCCAACUCACUCAAACCGUUGUCGUUCAGGAAGGCAGCUGGUCGGGAACUGCAGUCUGAACUGGAGCAUGUGGAGGAGGAGAACUUCAGGCUGUUGAAGGAGCUCGUGGAGGUGCAGAGGUCCUACCAGAACCUGCUCCACAGAUCCAUAGAGGAGAAGAAGUUGCAAGUAGCACAUCUCUCUUUACUGGUGUCCAAUAAAGAUCAAAAUCUUGCUCUGAAGUCCCAGACCUUGUCUGCAGGUGUCCCGGAGAUUCAGGUGAUCCCUGACUCGGACCUAGUGUCCUGGCUGUCUGACCGGCACUUUGACCAGGACACCAUACACAAGGUGUGCCAGGAGGAGUACACUCUGCCAGACCUGCUGGAGCUUGCCACCAAAGAAGACCUCACUCGCCUUCAACUCAAAGGUGGUGUUUUGUGUCGACUAUGGCGAGCUCUCCUGACCCACCGAGCCCAGCAACGUGCACCCAGGUGACAGUGACAGAGAGGUUGUGAUCAGCUGUACAUACCGUCAUCCCUGCACAGUUCAUCACCUCACUCCUACACUCCAGUUGUUGUACUUCAUCCCUGCACCAGCCGUCAAGCUGGGAUGGCAUCAUGGUGGACAACAAUGUUCCACCUGUCAUGUCCCCCAGGUGCAAGGCCAUCCUUGCACGACAGCUUCUUCCACAAGGCGGACAUUCAGCCAGACUGGUCACACUCCACUACAAUAAGUCCAUAAUAAAAGGAAGGUUCUCUGUGCUAACAGUCUCGUGCAACCAAAUGUAAUAAGGGAGACUGAGACUCGUGCUGCAAAACCUGCAGCAAUCAAUACCAUAUCGUAUUUCUUUGGGCUUUUUGCAGCCAUAAGAGCAGUUUUGUGUAACUGGUACUCUUAAUUGUUUUCCUGUGAACUGUUUUUAUUUCUACACAUUGUUGGCCGAAUUGUUGCUGGUUGAAGCAGGUUAUGAUGCAUAUAACGGUUUCUCUGAGUGCAUCUGGCUAUUGAGGACAGCAUUAACCUGACAUGGACAACUUUGUUUCCUGGCUGGUUUUUCUGGGAGAAUAUUUGUGUACUUCCAACAAUGAUUACCACUGCCAGUGUGUUGUACAUGUUGGAAAUAGAAAAAACAAACAGAAGUCAUUUCUACAGUGCCCUGUCAUAACAUCCAUCACAUCACAUAGAAGUCACCAGUAUCCAACUGUCAGUGCGAACCAGCCACUACCUCUUUGUCAACUCACCGAAGGCAGCUGCCAACCCAGCUUCAGGGGACCUCUGUGACCGGACAUUGGUGUGGGCAGUCAGUAUACUACAUCAUUACACUGUCAGAACAGUCCCAUGACUAACUAACCAGCCAGUUCAGGCUCAGUACUAAAGUGCUGUAAUUGUAGUAAGGAACACAUUUCACCAUGCUGGAUGUCCCAUCAAAUGUCAGUUCUCCCUCGAUGCCGUCAACUCACCUGAUCGAGCUCCUGAAACAGACAUAAGGGCAGAUAACUCAAAGGUUUAUUUUGAAGUUUUGUUAUGUUUGAGUCAGCAUUAUUAGCCCUGUGUUCAGUAGCAUGUGGUGCUGGUGCUUUGCCUCAUGAUGUGUCUGAUGCCAGUCUUUCCAGUCAAAGAUUAGCAGUUAUGUUAUUUAUGAGUGUCCUACAAAUCUCUAGGCCAAUAUUGCAGUACUUCAGCAUGUGUGUGUGACUCUCGCUAUCUUGUGCAUAUAUUAGACAAAGCACCUUGAAAGUUGACAGUUUAUGACAAGCCCCAUGUUUUGGACUACUGAGUGCAGGGCAGAGUUUGUUUUUGUUGAUGGAUACCAGUUUGUGUCGUCCAUGUUACAUUACUUAACAUGUACAUUUGUAUUGUUUGCAUUUCUGUGUACGCCAACAUGUGACGCUGACACUUGCCAUCAUUAACAAACUGAUCCUGCUUUGUGAAAUGCAGCUGAUACCUUUCAUGGUAAAUAUAUUGUAAUCAUUCUACACAUUGCCACAUGGAGGCCUAUAAAUAGCUCUGCUUAUCCCACCUACAGAUGAUACUCAUGUCGAUGAAGACUCAGGUGUGUUUCAAGAUUUCACUCGUAACUAGAAGAGGCCAGAGUGGGGACAGCAUGAUGCUGGUCCUUGGCUGAUGCUGACAACCUAGUACUUCAGUAAUGUUUUCACUCCAGACUUAUUGUUUGCCUGUACACAUUGCUUUGUAAUUGCUGCAGAUAAUGCCUCAUGUCACAACUGUUGACUUCAAACUUGCUACCAUUUCAAUAGGUCUCAGACAGCACCUUCAGAUGGGACAAGGGAUACUCACAUUACUGGGUUAAGCAAACUAAGACUAGAUAUAUGUGUGUAUGAGACAUCUUUCACCCAAUGUUUUAAGCAAAUAUACUUCAUGGAAUGAAGUAUUAUCAUAGUAUUAAAGAGUUUUUUCUGUCUCAAGAAGGCUUGUUGCAUCCAAGUUGACCCCAUCAACUCUAUUUUCCCAUAAAUCCUCUGACUGAGAUGCCUUGUCAAUAAGACACGUGAGACAUGGUGUGCCCAAUUAGAAAGCCUUGCUGCUGUAAACUUACAUCAUCAAAGAUGCCCCAUCUGUACGCUCAGGUUUUGAUCUUUCUCAGAUGGAAAGGUGUAUCAAAGGAUCAGUUGUUUUCAUGUACAAUGCUCGCUGUGAUGAGUGGCCACUGUCUCUGAUGCCCCCCAUUCACCCCAGCCCCACUUGCUAGGGGCACCAUGUAAUACAUAUUUCAUAUAUCAGCUCAUUUCAACCUCCUACAUUUAUGACCAGUGAUUUGUUUAAAGAAAGGGGUAAGUGUAAUAUAUGUUGAAGCUUACAUGAUUUAUAUGAUCACAUUGAAGUACAGGUUUCAAUAUUGCCAUGAGGUGAGUAUCAUCAACAACAUUGCUAGGUACACUGUUUGCAAGGUUUCUCUAAUACAGUUAUUUCUGCGACUUUAUACCUUAUGUAUGUCCUGUUUGUCCAUCAGUUGUAUAUCCUGCCAUUUCCUGACAGUAUGAAAGGUUUAUAUGAAUUCCCCUGGUACAAGUUUUAUGAAGGGUAAUCAGUUUAGUUUCAGCACUGAAAUGUAUUGGAUGUAUGUUGAGAUACUGUAAGAUAGGAUAUCACUGGCCGAACUGAGAACAGUUCUUGACCUGCUUAGUGUAAGGCUACUACUGGUGAUGCUGCUUGAUGCAGUGUGAGAAUUUCAGUUAAAGAUUGGCAACUCUCGAUAACCAUGAUGAUGCUUUGUGUAACACUUUUAAUGGAAGUUGACUGUUGAUGUUAGUCUUUUUCCUCCUUUUUUGACACCAAGUGACAUUGUUGUUUAAUUUGUAUAAGGUAGAAAGCCAAGAUAAACCCACCUCUGUGUUUGGACAUCUUCUCAAGGCAAGGGAGUUCACUGACUAUAAAACUCCAGUUUCCAUCCUUGCCGAACUAAGCUGGAAAUAUAGAGCUAUCUUUUGGCUGCAGUAACGUGUCAAUGCAUAGUCCAAUCAAAAUCGCAUUGCAGAUUUCGGUUGAUUGCAGGAUUUGCAAAGCAUGUGCAUUGUCAACUUUCCCCCAAAAAAUAUGUUUUUAAUCAAGGUGCUCACAUGAUUUGAUGCACCUCGCAAAGUAAGACACAUUUUAUAACAAUGUAGAUCUUGAUUAAGGAUCAGAUCGUCUUCACUAGGUGCCGCCAUUUUAGUUGAAGCAAAUACAUGUGACAUUAGAGAUGGAAUCUGAAUGGGCAGUAGGGGGGACAUAAAAGGGACAUAGCUCGUAAUAGCCACUGGUGGCGCUACAAUCGAGCUUAGAAAUUCCAGCCUAGUUUGGAAACUGGACUUUUACAGUCAGUUAUCUCCCUUCUUGGAGAAGAUGGUAUUUGGAUUAUGAAGGAAGUGUUGGUUAUUCAUCUAAAGUGCCUCUUGUCUCCUUUAUGUUAAACCUAUAGAGGAAUAAUGUGUGUACAUAUGAACAUCAAUGCAAUUUGUCUAUUCAGUUGUUGACAAAAAAAAUUGUUGUGAAAAAAAAUUGUACCAGUAUUCAUUUUGUGAGGUAUACUAUUUUGAAGAAUGUUUCUUUGCUGAAUGAAUUGGAGUUUUGGUGUUGCCUAACACUGACAUCGGAGAGGCAGAUAUGCAAGUUAUUGGUAGGGAGAAGAUUGGUCUUCAUCUUUGAAGUAAGAUACUGUGUACUCAGUGUUAGUUCUCUCUUAUGUUGUUGCUCUCUAAAACUUGCUUUGGAUGUUGGUCCUGAUAGGUUGCAGCACCCAGCAGCAUCUGCCCAAGCCAGUCAUUUUUUACCCAAUUCGUAGUGAUGCCAGAAAUUAUACACUGCACCGUGUGUAAUAGGUCUGUUGUUGCUGGAGCAUGGUUUUAUACAAACUAGUCACAACCAGCCUAGGCUUCAUGUGGCCCUGAAGUGUACAGGUGUAUGCCAGUUAAUUGGACAUGCAGCUCCUUGGCACAAUUUUGAUGCUUUUGUUAGACUAUAUGGAAUGAAGCAUUUCUUAACAUAUGUGAAAUUGUUUUGUUUGAUUGUCAUUCUAGAAGUUGGUGAGUAAAUAAGAAAUCGUACAACUUUAUGGAUAAGGACUUCUGGUUUAUUGCACGUUUCACUUGGUUGUAGUCACUCCAGCUUGAUAACGGUGGAAGAAUCAACUGCAAAACAUCAUUAUAUGCAAUAAACCAGACGUUGUUAUCCAAAAAGUUCUACGUUUUCUUAUGCGAAAUUUUGUGCCAUUGUUAUAUUUAAAUCAAUCAAGCUGGUUUGUUUUAGGACUGGACUUUUAUUUCUUUGUAAUAGCUUUUCAUAAAAACCUUAUAGCCAUUUUGUAUAAAUGCUUGUGUGGUUUGCAUUGCACUAGCAGUGUGGUAACAAGAGAUUUGUAUAGGAAUGCCGUGCCAUGUCUACUUCAUGCAGGGAGCAUGGGUGGCAGUGUUGAGUUACCUCAUUGGGGCAUGCCAGAAACCUAUGAUUGUGGGUUCGAAUCCUGGUUCACCUCGAUUACCAUAUGUUUCUAGGUGUGUCAGCACCAUACCCAAGCUCGUGGGUUUCACCAAAGUGGUAAAUGUCUAAGACCUGCAUCACUUUGACCUGUCCUCCACCAAUAAGCUGACACCCCGUGAUAUACCUGGAAUACUGUUCAAAGGGGUGUUAAACCCAAUUCACUCACUCACUCUGCUACAUGCAUGUAGAGCUGGCAUAGAUUAUUUGAUGUCACAUAGUGAAAGUCAAAUACAUUGAGGAACCUGCAGUGUCGGCUGCUCUUGUACAUACUGAUUUGGUUUAGUUCAGGGGAUUCCACACCUCUGUGUCAGCUUUCAGGCAGUAAGCACUUGCUGAACAGAUUUGUUACUAUUUAUCUUUGUUAUGCGAUUUACUUGAUCAAAGCAAGAUGAAAAUAUAUUGUGAUAAUUUAUUGUGAGUUGAUUAUUUUACUGGAGUAUAUUUUACUAAUAAGCACUGACCUUCUUAUUUGUGCAUUGUACAAGUAAUGGUAUUUUAUUCACAUCACUUUACCCAAACAGACAUUAUGCGACUUUUAGCCAGGCAGUAUUUGUGCAUAUUUUAUCAGACAUCUUAAACUUGUUGUUCACCUGAAUGAAAGUCAAGUGAGCUUAUGUGGUGGCCUGUGUGUCAUAAACAUCUUCUCAUCAGAAGCCACUGAACCACAGAAGCUAAAUGUCAUAUAGUACUUCCCACCGAUGAUCACACACCCAAUUUUCACAGUAGCCAUAUUGAAGAAAAUAUAUAUGGCCAUUACGUGUUGAAAAACAUUAUUGUUAAAAUGUAAUGUAAUGAAAGUAUAUGUGUACUGUAGUUAGUAGUAGGGCUCACCAUAUGUGUUCAUUUUUAUCCAAUAUAUUUUUUUUUUUUAACCCUCAUUAAGACCUUUGCACAGCGAUCAUACUAAACACUAAACUUCUUACAGCCAUCACACUUCCAUUUUUGUUCCAAAUGUAAUAAUAUGUGGUAUAUAUGUAUCAUUAGAAGGUGGGCUCAACACAUGUUCGGGGUUUUUGCAACAUUUUGAACAUGUUCUUAAAUUCUCUCCAAAUGUAUUUCCUUCAUUGUAAACCAUUUUAAUAAGGCUGUGAUGGUAUUUAUGUUUCUAUGAAAAAGCAUUCAUUCAUUGUAAACAUUAUUUCCUCAGAACCACUGGACGAAUGAAGGUGAAACUUCACAUGCUUGUUUCCACCAAUGAGAAAACAUCAAUCUGUUUAAGAGGUUCAAAUCUGAUUUUCAAUAAGUGUCUAUCUUCGACAAUUUUAGCUGUUGACUACAUAUCCAGGUGAGCUACAGUGCCCUUUUCACUAGCUUUCAAAUUGUAAGAAUUGGAACCAAUCAUGAAGUGUUAAUUCAGACUCAAUAAAUGAUUUUAGUGUGACCCUUCAAUUAUGUUGAAUGACAAUAGUCAAGCCUUUUGCAGUAAUGUUGGAGUAAAUUUACUCUUUCAAACAUGUGUUAUGUUUGCCAUCAUUUGGCUAAUGCAUCAACGUUGGUGACAAUGAUUCUUUGGCUACAGUAGGUUAUGUCAAAGAAAUGGUGAACUUCAUAGAACUUCAUAGAACUUCAUCACUUGCUGAAAUGGGGCCUAUUUCAGUAUGAUUUGAAUGCUUGCAUUUUCUUCCUAUUUACUGUAGAGGCUGCUUUGUUAUGCAAAGAGGGAAGAAUAAUGUCACCUUUUCCAUAGGAACCACAUCUCACUAGAGGAAAUAUGCAGUGUGUGAUGUUUCUGGAAAACAAUGAACUGUGAAAUAGCAUUAUUGCUGAUUUUGCAAAGAGUCAUGCACUCAUCUCUCAGAUGUAGGAAAUGGACACAAUGGCAUAAAAAAUAUGUUCUGAAAUUAUUGAAAAAUGUAAUUCAUCAAAAUCAAAGGUUAUUUAUCUACAGUACAACAAACAACACCAAUCAGAUGAGAAAAGGAUUUACUUUUAGCCUUUUCAGUGUGUCACGAUUUAUGGACCAUUUGACAGUAAAUCAAUUCAACAGA